AUGGACCCAUCCGAAGUGACGGUGCUGGUCGUGGAAGACGAUGAGUUCACGCGCAUGGCCACCAUCGAUAUCCUCAAGUCGUGCCGCUACACGGUCUUCGCAGUGGAAAAUGGCCAGCAGGCGCUCGAUCUUCUUGUGACUAACCACGCCAAGUUUGACCUCGUCUUGUGCGACGUCAUGCUGCCUGUUAUGACGGGAAUCGAGCUGCUGGACGAAAUUCAGAAACACAGCGCCACACUAGGCCACAUUCCCAUUGUCAUGACGUCCAGUAACGAGGAAAUGGAUGUCGUUACCUCCUGCCUCAGUAAGGGUGCCAAGGACUAUCUCAUCAAGCCCAUCCAAGUUAACACAGCCAAGACUCUAGUACGCCACGUGUGGCUCAGUCGUCGCCUCGAACGCACCUCCAACAAGAGCAUGUGGCAGGAUAUCGAAGUCAUUCGCACCAUCGGCAAAGGUACACACGGUACUGUGGUGCUGGCACGUCGUAAAGUGGAUGGAGCUGUCGUAGCCGUCAAACGCGUGCGCAUCUCGCAGAUCUCCGAGAACGGCCGCAAGCAGGCGGACAACGAGGUCAUUCUGCUCAAAUCGCUGUACCACGUCAACAUCGUGCGCUUCUAUGACCAUUUCCUGGCUGACGACGAGCUCAACAUCGUCAUGGAAUACUCAGAUGGUGGCAAUUUACGGCAGUUAGUGAAGCUGCGCUCGCGCGAGAAGAUGGGGCCUUUUCCGGAGCCUGUUAUCAUGAGCUGGUUCGCCCAGCUAGUGCUGGCUGUGGCUUAUAUUCACGGUAAGAAUGUGCUGCACCGCGACUUGAAGGCACAGAACGUCUUCCUUACACACAAAAACGUGGUAAAGCUUGGUGACUUCGGUAUUUCCAAGGCGCUGGCGGGAGAUGACACAGCUAACACUGCGUGUGGUACGCCUGAGAGUAUGUCCCCAGAGAUUUGUCGUGGUGAGCCCUACGGCAAGAAGUCGGACAUUUGGUCGCUGGGAUGCAUUUUGUACGAGAUGAUCAUGCUGCGCCGUCCGUUUGAGGCCUCCACGCUGCCUGAGAUCUUUACAAAGAUCUGUAAAGGCGAGUUCCCGCCCAUUCUGCCUUCGUUCUCGCGCGAACUCCGUCUACUUGUGCAGCUGAUGCUUCAGCAGGACGCGUCCAAGCGUCCAUCAAUCGAAGAUAUCUGCCGCUUCCCGUUUGUACAGGCACCGAUCCAGGCCUUCCUGUCCGAGCACGUGUCGGAGUUCCAGGAGGCAUUGGAACUCGAAGCCAAGUUGCAUCAGCCGUCGCUAUACAGCACAGGAGCGGGUAACCCACCCGUAUCUCCUGUGUCGCCGAGUCUGCGCCGCCGUAACCACAACAGCAGCAGCGGAACGCCAACGAGUGGCUUCGGUGACUCAGUUCCUGAGUCAGGCUCUCCUGUUUCUAGUCGCAGUGAUGGCUCCAGCAAUGCUGGCUUCAACAACAAUGGAAAUCUGCGCAACUCUGCCAUCGCGUCAGCUGCAAUUGGGCUGGCUGCUGAAGCCGUCCCUACGUCUGGUAGACGCCCCCAACAGAACAGUGAUCUGGCCAAGAUCUCGGCGGACGCUGUGGAAGACACUCUUGGUGAUAAACUGCGUGCUCAAGUGUCUAUUGGGGAUGUUCGUGUGGGCCUUUUCACCACCUACACGUCGUGCACUUCGGCGGAUGAGCUUGUUCGCGUCCUCAAGACGAAAUUCGACAAGACUCAUAUUGAGGCAGCGACGAUUCUGUCAGAUUUUCUAAAGAAACGCGUGCUCAAUGUCGUGUUCGCUGAGGACGCGUCACAUCCGGAUCUAGGGGCGAAAGACACGUAUCUUCGUUUCCAAGUGGACGAGCUGUUUGUGCCGCUUAACAUGAAAUAUGUCUGUGUUAACGAAGUCCAGCAAGGACCGAUGGAGAUCUGUCUACGCAUUCGUGAAGCUAUUGCGGAGUUGCAUGCACUCAAGUCGUUCCCGCGUGGUAUUGGCACUGGAUUUAGUCUGCCCAAUCAUGUAUCAUCCACUGGUAACAGCGUCGCUGAGUACUUUGACGCGCCGUUGUGCCAGAAGUAUCGUCGCUUCUUGAAGCUGACGUCCAAGUUGCAGAAUGUUGAUGUGGGAAGUCUGCCCAAGCACGAGCGUCAGCCCUUCUUUAUCAACAUUUACAACGCGAUGGUGCUCCACGGUCUGAUCGAGUUCGGUGUACCGCAGAACAUUGGUCAGUACAAGGCGUUUGAGCGUGAUGUGACCUACACGAUUGGCGGACUGGAGUUCACGCUUGGCGACAUCAAACACGGCAUCUUACGUUGCAACCGCAAGCCCCCGUCGAACUACUGGGAGCGUCAACUGCAGGCUCAAGACCCCAAAUUGCAGUUCCGUUUGCACAUUCGUGACCCUCGCUCCCUUUUGGUGCUGAUUGACUGUGCUGAACCUCUCCCUAGCGCUGCAGAUGUCCCUAUUUUGAAACCUGGACGUACAGACACGGAUCUUGAGGAACAGGCAGAGAAAUUCUGUGAGCGUUUGGUUGAAGUGGACGAGCGUGGUGGAGAAAUUGUGCUGCCACGAGUGCUGCGUAUCUUCCGCGAUGACUUUGGAUCUUCGGAAGCUGAAAUGGUGUCGUGGUUGGCGCAGUACAUGGAUAACGCACCAGCUAACCUAGUGAACUACCGCGUAAGGUAUCAGACGGGCAUUUCGUCGUGA